AUGGAUCCGGUUAUGUCGAAAGAAGCUCAGACUACGGAAGGCGAUAACUCUAAGGUUUACCCCGAAGGAGGCCUCAAUGCCAACCUGGUCGUCCUCGGCAGUUUCAGCGCUAUCACCGGUGGCCUGGGCCUGAUGAACAGCAUCGGCAUUUAUCAAGCAUGGAUAUCAACGCACCAGCUCGCCUCCCUCAGUGAGGGCCAAAUAGGCUGGAUCUUCGGACUGUACAACUUCAUGGUAUUCUUCUGCGGCAUCCAAAUUGGACCCGUGUUCGACGCCAAAGGACCCCGUUUACUGAUGUGGACAGGAUCCGCGCUCCUCAUUCUCACCUUCAUCCUGGUGGGUUUCUGCAGCAAAUACUGGCACUUCAUCGUGGUGAUGGGUAUCCUCGGAGGCAUGGGGACCUCGUUCAUCUUCAUCGUCCCCGUUGCGAGUAUCGGCCACUUCUUCUUCCGCCGGAGAGGAGCUGCCACGGGUUUGGCGAUGUGUGGCGGUAGCGUUGGCGGCGUCAUUUUCCCUCUGGUUCUGGAAAACCUAUCACCCCGUCUCGGAUUCGCCUGGGCCACUCGCGUCGUGGGCCUCAUUACUUUGGUGUUGCUGAUACCCGGCUGCAUUCUGGUGAAAGGUCGGUUACCACCCAAACCGGUCACGUCGGCCAAGGUCCUUCUCCCAGAUUUGAGCAUCCUCAAGGAUCCCUUGCUUGCGUUGACCACGGCUGGUGUGUUUUUCAUCGAAUGGGGGUUCUUCGUUCCGCUCGAGUACAUCGCCUCUUAUUCCCUCGCCAACGGCAUCUCGCAUAAACUCGCCUACUUGAUGGUCGUGUUUCUCAACGCCGGCUCGUUCCCAGGUCGUUGGCUUCCCGGGAUUGUGGCCGAUAAGAUCGGUCGCUUCAACACGUUGAUCAUCACCAAUAUUCUCUGUCUCGUUGCCAUCCUGGGCAUCUGGAUGCCCGCGAACGGAAAUAUCGUCGCCGUCGUCAUCUUUUCCGUCGUGUUUGGCUUUGCCAGCGGAAGUAACCUCAGCCUGGUGCCGGUUUGUGUGGGCGAAUUGUGUCCGACCGAGCAGUAUGGGCGGUUUUAUACUACCGUGUAUACGAUAGUGAGUCUGGGAGCUUUGACAGGUGUCCCAAUUGCAGGAGAGAUUAUCAGCAAAAGCAAGGGCGAAUACUGGGGGUUGAUUGCUUUUGCAGGAGGGACUUAUGCAGCUGGAUUGUUACCCUCCGCAAAACGACGCAGGAGAAUUUAUGAUCGCGACGAAAUCGACAACUCGGAACAAGAUGACCAAAAUCCGCUGGGAAUGGGGACAGCAGGAUGUCAACUGCAAGGGGUGAAGACGCGAGGUGGUAUUCUGAAAGGCUUGAAAAUGGACGAAGAGAAGCAGAGCAGCCUGACCACCGAAACCUCAAACACUGACGAUGAAAAAACCGUUGUGAACUGGAAAGGAGACGCUGAUCCGGCUCAUCCCCAUAACUGGUCAAAGUCUCGCAAAUGGUUCAUCAUCGGACUCACGUCACUGACAUGCUUCAAUGGCGCGAUUGUGUCCACCAUAUUUGCCCCCGGAGUUCCCGACGUCCUUGAAGAAUUUCACAUUUCCAGCAGCUCCAUAGAGUCCUUCAUGGUGACGGUCUACCUCAUUGGCUCAGUAAUAGGACCAUUGAUAUUGCCUCCUAUUAGUGAAUGUUAUGGGCGUUUGCUUAUCACCCAUGUUUCCAAUGUCGGGUUUUUGUUCUCAUCUAUCCUAUGUGCUGCGGCAGUCAACAUGCCGAUGCUUAUCGUUGCGCGGUUCCUGAUGGGAAUUGCCGCGUCAGUGCCCAGUACUGUCGGAGGUGGCAUCAUUGCCGAUUUGAUGGUCAUCGAGGAGCGUGGAACAGCUUUGAGUGCUUGGACGGUUGGAAACUCACUGAGCCAGGUUUUAGGGCCUAUAUUUGGAGGGUACAUAGUUUACGGUGCCGGUUGGCGAUGGACAGUAUGGGUGGUUGUCAUAAUCGGAGGACUAGUCAUGAUCCUGGCUUUUCUAUUCCAGAAAGAAUCACAUGCACCAACCCUUCUCCGACAAGAAGCAGCAAGGCUUGAAAAAGUCACUGGUGUUCCACAUCAAGCAAUCACAGAUGAUGGCCAACCUACAAGCGUGAAGAUCAAACGCGCUAUCACAAGGCCACUUCGAAUGAUGGUCCAGGCACCGAUCGUGACCAUUGCCUCAUGCUAUAAUUCCGUAUCCUACACUUACAUGUACAUCUGCAUCACAAGUUUCACGCGGGUAUUCGAGUCCACAUACGGGUUCGAUGCUAGCAACGCCGGACUAGCAUACGUCGGGCUCGGAGUUGGAUCUUGUCUCGCCCAGUUGACGAUUGCAUCCCUUUCGGACCGUUACAUCCAACUCCGCAAGACUCUCAACAAGUCCGUCAAGCCCGAGCACCGUCUCUUCACUCUCGUGGCGGGCGUGAUCGUUCUUCCGAUCGGGCUGUUCUGGUACGGCUGGACGGCCCAUUACAAAGUGCACUGGAUCGCUCCCAUAGUCGGAACCAGCUUCGUCGGUUUUGGAAUCAUGUGCGUUCAGCUUGGUGUGCAGCUUUAUCUGGUCGAUGGGUUUAGUUACUAUGCGGCCAGUGCUGUGGCUGCUAACCUGGCCAUCAAAAGCACCUUUGGCACAGUUAUACCGUUGGCUGGAGCGCCGCUGUAUGAUACUCUGGGUCUAGGCUGGGGAAACAGUCUUCUAGGGUUCAUCGCAGUUGGGUUGAUCCCGGCUUCGUUGUUGCUUAUGCGAUACGGCGAUGGAAUUCGAGUGCGCGGCAAGCAUGAAAUUGACCUCGGCGUCGAGAGUCUCAGUCCGGCUGAGAUCGUGCGCGCACUGAACCAAGCGAGUGGGAAGGGAAUCGGUCUGCAUUUUUAUUCCCAGGGCGAAGCAGAGCGGAUUGCCGCUAGGAACACGAGACUUUGGGCGGAGUUGUGGGCCAAUGAAGUCGGGUAUCAGGGCAAUUUUGAGGAACUGGACAAGUAUAAGAUUCAAAUGACUAGCUUUUCUCAAUAUCUGCAGAACCAGGGCGAUGUCAUCUUGCGGACCUUUAGUUAG